CAAAACGAGCUUGCUAACUGCUGUAACCGUCGCUGUGGGAUACUGGUUGGCCAAUUUAUUACUCAGAAUGGCGUCUGGCUGGCUCACAUGGUGAAACCACUACGCUAUCUAGCUAACAGUAACGUUAUACUGUAGCAAUGUGCCAACACGAUUUUUAUUCGUUCGCUAUAGAGGUCCUCCAAGCAUAUUUUUGAGAAGCUACGGAGAGGUACUGCUUGGUAUCCAACCUUCGUCUUGCCGAUCGUGGGUUCCCCACCUUACAUCUUACUUGCAAAGGGAAAGCCAUAAGAAACCAUGAAAGUGCAGAAAUCUCUCCCCAAAACCAAGCAGACGUCCAAGAGGCAACAAUGUAAUGACAAGUGGUUCAAGUCCAACAGAAUUGCCAAAAACUCAGACUCUUCAAACCUCAGCCCAAGCACAGCCAUGGCCAAGCUAGAGCACCGCGCAUCUAACCUUAGAAAGGACAAGCCUAACCUGAAGAGACUGAAGAAAGGCGCCAAGGCUGUGUCCCUCAGACCGGUCAAGACUCCGGCUGCCUUGGAGAGGACCCCCUCUCGUCCCCUGACCAACGGGGGAGCAGGUGGACCAGAGCAGGGCAGUGACUCAGACGAGUCCCAGGACUGGAGCUCCUUUGCCAAGUCUGUUUUACAUCAAAAUGGUGGUGGAGAGAGUAUGGAGGGCCAGGAGAGUUGUGUCUCAGCCAAAGCUGCGCCUGGCAGGAUAGAGGAGGAGGCUUUUGUUCACUGUGCAGAGCGAGACUACAUCCAUAAUCGCACAGUGCUGGUCAUGCAACAGGGUCAGACCCUGUGUUUUAGGGGGAAGUGCCUUCUGUCAUGUCUGUACGGUCGGGUGGAGGUGCAUGGUUUCACCCUUGAGGAGGGUCAGCAGUCCUACCCACUUUUUUCCCCUUCCUCACAUUGCCCCCUCACCGUCACAGCACUGGGGGAUUCCCCUAACCCCAGCAAGACCAAGAAAGCGGGCCGUCUAGAGGCCAAAGCCAUUGUCCGCAAGUACCUCUCUACAGAGACACGUAGAAGGUUGUUGAGUGAAGUAGAUUCAGACUCCUGUGUGAUCCUGCUGGAGCCCCUGGACACCCCUCUGACGCGGUUCCUCACCAGUUUCCCAGACCUCAAAGAGGUGUUUGGACUCAGUUCGAGGGACAUCCGAGAGAGUUCAGCUAUGCUGGACACUCCACUCUCUGGCCUUGGCAUAACCCCACUGCGGAAAACAGCCAGAGGCAUGGUUAUGUCACAGACCUACAGGGAGGCGCUCAACGGCCUGGUUAACGCCUGUGCAGAGGAGCUAGAUGGCUGUCCAGUUAUUCUUGUAUGUGGUGCUAAGAAUGUUGGCAAGUCCACCUUCAACCGUCACCUCAUCAAUACCUUACUUAACCACACUGCAAGUGUAGAAUACCUGGAGUGUGACCUGGGCCAGACAGAGUUCACUCCCUCAGGUUGUCUCUCCCUGUCUACAGUCAGAGAGCCACUGCUGGGUCCCCCCUUUACACACCAGUGGGCCCCAGAGCACAUGAUCUUCUAUGGCCAGUCGUCCUGUGAAACGGACCUGGACCGCUAUCUGGAGUCCCUCAAGUCCCUGUGGCGCUUGUACAACCGAGAGACGCCCAUUGUCAUCAACACCAUGGGCUGGGUCAAAGGUUUUGGCUUUCAGUUGUUGGUGGACAUCAUUCGCCUCUUCUCCAUUUCUCACGUGGUGCAGCUCAGUAGUGGGGAUAAAGUCAUGUGCCCCCAACUCACCCCUGAGUUCCUGAGGUCAUCCCACGGCUGGCAGACACACCCUCCUGUCCAGUCAGCUUUGGGGGAGGACAACUCUGGAACUCAUCCUGCCCAGCGGAGUUACACUCUAUUCCGUAUUCACUCAGAGUUUGAAGGAGCAGGCCGCCCGGGAGAAAUGAGACACCAGCGCAGCAACGAGCAGCGUGACCUGGCUCUGCUGGGCUACUUCAGCCAGCUGCAGUCCCCUGAACCAGGCCCUGUCAGACCCCUACACUGCUUCACCCCCUACCAGGUUCCCCAUUCGGCAGUGGCUGUGGGUGUGACACACUGUGAGGUGGCACCAACUCAUGUGCUCUACACUGCCAAUGCCAGUCUGGUGGGGCUGUGUUGUCUGAAUGAGAAGGUAUCCGGCAGGGGAAGCCCAGUACUGCUCUCCCAAACCCCUGUCUGUCCCUGUGUGGGCUUUGGUGUCCUUCGAGGUGUGGACAUGGCACGGGGCCUGUACUUCCUUGUUACACCUGUAGCUCCCUCUAUCCUCCGUCAGGUCAACUGUCUUCUGCUGGGGGCUGUCACACUGCCCAACACCCUCCUCACAGGCCAGACAGGAAUUCUGGGAGAUCCUCCCUACGUCACAAUGGACUACAGCUUUGAGCUAACCGGGGCCGGCAAGCUUCACGUCUUCAAGGGGCUUGCCAGAGUUAAGGUCGUUGAAUGUACAGAAGUGAAGGUUCAGGAGAGGGUGUACCGUAGAGUUGGUGUGAGUGACUCGAGGGCGUACUCGCACUCCAGAUCAGUGCUGAAGACGGCCCAGGCUGUGGAGGUCAACUCCCUCUUGUUGGCGUCAAUUGGGUUUACCUUGGUCUACAAUCAUGAGAGAAUUCUUUUUUGGAGGGGGGGGUUGCUGUAUUAAAUAGUUUAGGAUGUUUGAACGUAUUUCUAUCACAUGGACAAUAUCUAGACAUGCAGUUAAACCUCUGUCUGCAUCUGAAAUGGCACUGUAUUCCAUGGCGCACUGGUCAAAAGUGGUGCACUAUAUAAGGAAGAGGGUGCCAUUUGGGACACAUACUGGGUUUGAUGUCUAUUCCUCAUGGGUCACAUUCCAAAGCCAAGAUUGUACACAUUAUCAAAUGUAAACAAAUUGAUAUACUUUUUGUUGUUGAAAAUGUGAGCUUUUCUUGUCACUGUCAGGACUUUCUAAAUCUGUUGACCUUUGGUCUUUUUAAGUGGCCCAUCAUGACAUGUCCCUAGCAGAUGUGAUAUCAUGGUUAAAUGUUCAAAGUUCCAUGUCGUAAUAUACAGUACCAGUCAAAAGUUUGGACACACCUACUCAUUCAAGGGUUUAUCUUUGUUUACUAUUUUCUACAUUGUAAAAUAAUAGUGAAGACAAACUAUGAAAUGACACACAUAACCAAAAAAAGUGUUAAAACAAAUCAAAAUAUAAGUAGCCACCCUUUGCCUUGAUAACAGCUUCGUGCACUCUUGGCAUUCUCUCAACCAGCUUGGCCUGAAAUGCUUCUCCAACAGUUUUGAAGGAGUUCCUACAUAUGCUGAUAUGGCUGCUUUUCCUUCCCUCUUGCGGUCCAGCUCAUCCCAAACCAUCUCAAUUGGGUUGAAGUCAUCUGAUGCAGCAUUCCAUCACUCUCCUUGGUCAAAUAGCCCUUACACAACCUGGAGGUGUGUUGGGUCAUUGUCCUGUUGAAAUACAAAUGAUAGUCCCAUUAAGAGCAAACCAGAUGGGAUGGCGUAUCACUGCAGAAUGCUGUGGUAGCCAUGCUGGUUAAGUGUGCCUUGAAUUCGAAAUAAAUCACUGACAGUGUCACCAGCAAAGCACCUCCAUGCGUCACAGUGGGAACCACACAUGCAGAGAUCAUUGUCUUGCUCACCUGCUCUGCGUCUCACAAAGACACGGCAGCUGGAACCAAAAAUCUCAAAUUUAGACUCAUCAGACCAAAGGGCAGAUUUCCACCAGUCUAGUGUCCAUUGUUUGUUUCUUGGCCCAAGCAAGUCUCUUCUUAUUAUUGGUGUUCUUUAAUAGUUGUUUCUUUCCAGCAAUUUGACCAUGAAUAGUGGAUGUUGAGAUGUCUGUUACUUGAACUCCGUAAAGCAUUUAUUUGUCUGCAAUCUGAGGUGCAGUUAAUUGCUGAUUUCUGAGGCUGGUAACCCUAAUGAACUUAUCCUCUGCGGCAGAGGUAACUCUGGGUCUUCCUUACCUGUGGUGGUCCUCAUGAGAGCCAGUUUCAUCAUAGUGCUUGAUGGUUUUUGCAACGGUACUUAAAGAAACUUUCAAACUUCUUGAAGUUUUGGGAAUUGACUGACCUCCAUGUCUAAUGAUGGACUGCUCUUUGCUUUGAGCUGUUCUUGUAAUAAUAUGAACUUGGUAUUUUACCAUAUAGGGCUAUCUUCUGUAUACCAUCCCUAACUUGUCACAACACAACUGAUUGUCUCACAUGCAUUAACUUAACAAGGCACACCUGUUAAUUGAAAUGCAUUCCAGACUACCUCAUGAAGCUGGUUGAGAGAAUGCCAAGAUUGUGAUAAAGUUGUCAUCGAGGCAAAGGGUGGCUACUUUGAAGAAUCUCACGUAGAACACUAUUUCGGUUACUACAUGAUUCCAUGUGUGUUAUUUCACAGUUUUAAUGUCUUCACUAUUUUUUCACACUGUUGAAUGUACAUUGUCUUAAAAAGAGGUUGUACAUUUGGGCCAUGUGACAGCUUAAGAUUCACUCUACAAGUGAUAUUCAUGAAAAGCCUGGAUGGAGUAGGACAUGAAAGUGCUUGCAGGGGUCUUCUCUGACAAUGAAACCCAUUAAAAGAACUUAAUGUCACUUGCUCAACAAUCCAUCUAUAGAGCUAUUGGAUAACACCUGUCAAAAAUAUUCCAGAGCAACAAAAAAAAGAGAAACCUGUACACACAUUGUACCUGAAUAGUAGUUCACUGCGAAUUGUUACAGUUUUCCGUCCAUGUUUUACAUUUUUAUAUUUGUAUUACCAUAGUAAUGGAUGUAAAUGCUUCAAGUAUCAUCUCUGUUGCAUUUCUGAGAGUACUGGAUUACUGAACAUUGAUUGACCUAUUUAUUCAUCUGACCUUGGGACAAAAUAAUAACUAUGGCAUUGAUGGUGCGAUAUGAAAACUACAGGCAUGAACUGUUACCGGUCCUCUAUUCUUUUCCCCCCAAUUUGUUUCUCUCUUUCUCUUUUAUCCCUCCUGUUCCAUCAGGAGUUUUGUUUGACAGAAGUUGGUAAUAGUAGGCCUAAGUAAAACUUCCUUUUAAGUUCUUUGUUA